AUGAGGUUCUUACCGAGACUCCUGCAUGUUGGUGCUGCAGCCGCCAUACUGAUUGUCGUGUACCUCGCAUGGCUACAACACGAUCACCUUGGGCACAACAUACAUGAAGCAUGGGAAGGCACAGCGCACAGGGUCGUUGUCUUUGGCGACGACUGGUCUGACACAGGCAAAUAUCGAGUUUCUCCACCAUUAAAGGCCAAGGCUAUUACCCGAGAUCCUGAUCGUGGCGAAGUAUGGACAGAGACGCUGUGUAGAGAACUCGCUUGCAACUUCAUCGACAACUUCGCUCGCUCAAUGCCGCCACAGAACGAUGUUGAGACCAUUGGGUCUCUCAUUGACUCAGAUAUCCGCGCCCAGGCCGUCCCUGUGACAGACAACAACAACAACACCCAGGCUAUGUUUGACUUCAAGACACAGGUGCAACAGUUUCUGGAAUAUGAAAAGAAAAAGCACCGCGUCGGCGUUCCGGAACGUUUGCGCAAGAUCGACGAAUGGACCAUCUUUACCGUAUCGUUUGGACUCUGGGACUUGUUGGAAUAUUCCACUCUGGAGAAAGAGUAUGCACUGAAGGCGAUCGACAACAGUAUUGAAGGGCUGUUUGAGAACCUUGACUUGCUGGCGAAACAUGUUGUGGCGCCAAUGAAGAUCGUGGCUCCCAAACUGGUGGAUGUUACGUUUCUGCCACGCUUCCAGUCAAGGAAAGACAUUGACAAAGAACACUUCGCGGAAGACCAACACCAUCUGGUGUUUCUGUGGACAUAUUGGAACACGGUCUUGUCUCGAACAGCAUCGCAGUGGAAGCAUGGCGAGAUCUUUAUGCCAAACCCCAACAACUUGAUUCUGGACCAAGUCCGAGCUAAACAGUUGUACUCCAAACAAAUAUCUGAUGCAUCAGGCAUGGGUAAACAAGCGCCUCUCUUCGACUACGUAGAAGAGCCAUGCUUGAAGUCAAAGGCGGAUGAUAGCGCAAGCGUACUGCAAGAAGCGGGGGUCGAGAAGUGUUCCGAUGCAUCCAAGCAUCUGUUUUGGGACGAUGUACAUCUCAGCGGGCCAGCUCACCAGCUAAUCGGAAGGGCAGCCGCAAGCCUACUACGCGGAAACCACACUGUCAAUGUCGGAGGCUCAGCGCAAGGCUCUGACAAUGACAAGAAGGCUCCAGGAAAGGAUACACCGAGUUUUAAACUGAAAUUCCCACCUGGCUACUAG